AUGCUUUAUUCGACGAAAUCUGCAGUCUCUACCUUUGGAAUCGCUUCGAGUGUUCGACUUUUCCAUCUGGGCCAUCUAUAUGCACCUCCAGCUCGAUUUAUCAGUCACCAUGCCAAAUUUGGACUCGCAUUAUUAUCGACAGCAAUUCAACUGUCGAGUUUAAUGCUUCUAUAUCUUAAUGCCGAUAAACUUCGACCGCCACCGCCCAGAAAGCUUGGCGAAGAGGCUGAGGCUGAAGUGAAACGAAAUGCCCACUUAUUUCAAAAUGGUACCAUGGCAAUCAAACAAUUCUAA